AUGGCACUCCACACCUCCUCCAGCCACGCCUUCGAUAUCCCUUCCCUCCCCCUCCAACCCCCCUCAGUAGCGGACGAAGAAGCCCAGUUCCAGUCUCGUGUUUCCCACAUGGAGGAAUACUUCUCUCUCCCUCGCUUUGCCCAUAUCAGGCGACCAUACACCCCUGCCUCAGUCGUGAGUAAACAAGGUUCCCAUACACCACUACCCCUCCCAGGCGCCCUGACCGCGGACAAACUAUUCCGUAUUCUUAGCAAUGCCGCUGGCAAGGGAGAGCCGGUGCAUACUAUGGGAGCAAUCGACCCUGUGCAGAUGACGCAGAUUGCGAAGUGGUUGCAGGUGGUGUAUGUCAGCGGGUGGGCGUGCUCGAGUGUGUUGACGACGGCGAAUAACGAGGUUGGGCCUGAUCUGGCCGACUACCCGUACACGACCGUGCCUAACCAGGUACACCGCCUUUUCCGCGCUCAGCAGUUGCAUGACAGGAAGCACUACGACGAGCGUAUGACGGCCUCCCCUUCAGACCGUGAAAAACUGCCCUACGUAGACUACCUUCGGCCUAUCAUAGCCGAUGCCGACACUGGGCAUGGAGGGCUGAGCAGCGUGAUGAAGCUCGUCAAGCUGUUCGCAGAGUCUGGUGCAGCGGCAAUACACAUGGAAGACCAACUGCAUGGCGGUAAAAAAUGCGGGCAUCAAGCAGGCAAGACCCUUGUCCCCGCCUCGACGCACGUCUCUCGCCUAAUCGCCUCCCGCUUCCAACUUGACCUUCUGCAGCAUCCUAUGUUGCUCCUCGCACGGACAGACGCCGAGUCCGCCCGGCUUAUCAGUAGCACCGUCGACCCGCUCGAUCAUCCUUUUGUCAAAGGUGUCACUGCCCCUUGUCUGAGUCUAGCUGAGAGCCUAGCGCAAGCCGAAGCGGUCGGCAAGACCGGUGCAGAAGUGGACGCCGUCGAGACUGCAUGGCAUGCUGCGAACCCUGUGUGCACGUUCGAGGAAGCGGCCCGUACCGCGCUCUCCGAGUCCAGCCUGAGCGGGAAGGACGCCAUCUUCGCCCAGUUCCAGACAAAGAGCAAGGGCAAGAGUAUUACCGAGAUGCGCCUGCUAGCGCGCACGAUGCUCGGCUCAGACGUGUACUGGGACUGGGACGCUCCGCGCACCAGAGAGGGGUACUACGCCUAUACCGGCGGGCUGGCCGCGGCGAUCGCCCGCGCCUCCGCGUACGCGCCUUACGCCGACAUGCUCUGGCUCGAGACGAGCAAACCCUCGUUUUCCGAAGCCCAAGCGUACGCGCGCGAGAUCAGGAAAACGCAUGAGGGAAAAUGGUUUGUCUACAACCUUAGUCCGAGCUUUAACUGGGCCGCUGCGGGGUACAGCGACCAAGACCUGAAGAACUUCAUCUGGGACCUGGGGAAAGAAGGGUUCGUUCUGCAGCUUAUCUCCCUCGCCGGGCUGCAUUCAACUGCCUUGGGGAGUCAUGAGCUUGCGAAACGCUAUGCGGAGGAGGGGAUGUUAGCUUAUGUAGAGCUUGUACAGAAGAGGGAGAAGGAGCUUGGGGUGGACGUUCUGACGCAUCAGAAGUGGAGCGGAGCGGCGUAUAUUGAUAGGAUUUUGCAGACGGUCUCCUCGGGCUCGUCGAGCACUGCUUCUAUGGGCAAGGAUUCUACCGAACAUGCGUUCUGAAGGAGGAGGUAAGACAUGGAUAAUGGGUGUUCGGCAGUUGCCUGGAGUGGCAAAAUAAAUGUAUUACGAAUGCGCGCUACUGCCUGUAUCUGUUGGUCCCUUCCCGCCCAGCCUUCCCUGGAACCGGGUGAAGGAAGGGGCAACAUUACGCCCACUAGUUGUACACAACAAGGAUGAAUAAAGCAUAGGGAUAUCUACCAGCCAGAGAGAGCCAAAUUACACGCAAAAAAACCGCAUUGGAAGGGAUCCGGGAAUCAAGCCGUCAUGACGGCCCCAAAAAGCUCAAGAAGGAACGAAAAAGGAAUCUAGAAUGCAGGCGAACUGCGGAUGUGCGCGUACCCGACAGGAGUAACUAUCUCAAAGUUGGACAGCUCUGUCGGGCUCAGCGGGUCGUCCGUCGUACUGGAGGACAUGCUCGGUCUUGGCUGCUGCUCUUCCUGCACCGGUUGGCUGAGUAACGACGCAGAGAUGGAACCAGUGCGAUGUGCGCGCGAUAUGGACGACGCGGGUGAGUGAGUGAUCAGGAGCCCAUCCUCGCCGACUUCGUCCAUCCC